GUACGAAACGGUAUGGUAACUUUAGUAACUUUUGAACUUAUUAUGUUCCGUCAGAACGUUUGACAUGCUCGGAAUGAUCGAAACAAUGAGGAUGGUUGGAAGGACAGAACCAUGGGAUCGAUUGGAAGGUCGGAACGGUUGGAACGGUUGGAACGGUCGGUACUAGAAAUGUGCUUUUAGGAGCCCAUUCACGACUCCGAUCUGACUCCGGCUUUUGUUAGUUCGAUUUCGACUCCGGCAAAAUCCGAACCACUAAUUCCGCUCGGAGUCGGAGUCGUCCGCAGUUUUUUUGUCUUUCACUUUGCGCGUGCACUUCGUAUGCAGGCCAUUGUUUCGAAAGCCGACUCCGGUUGACGCGGGAGGACUUAGACUCCAACUGAUUCCUAGCCGAUUUCGUCGACUCCGAACGACUCAGGACGGCUACGGACGACUCCGGAUGACUCCGAUUCCCAACGAAGCCGGCCGACUCCGUGCGAUUCCGAACGACUCCGGAUGAUGCUGGGCUACUUUCCGGAGUCGUUUUCUAAAUUAUCGGAGUCGGAUCGGAGUCCACUCCGGAUUUUUGCCAACUUUACCUAUCACUAUUCGGUACAGUAGGUUCAAUAGGUACGGUGGGAACGAUAGGCUCAAUAAAAAUCCUCCAGUACGUUAGCUUCCAUAGGAACAAUAGGAAGGAUCCCAUAAACAAUAGCCCAUGCCAACAAAUUUGAAAGGUCGCCAUGGAUUGUUUGGAUUUGUUCUUAAGUAUUUCUUAAUUUUAUGAAAUCUUUGUUCAUUGCUGAAGUUGAAAUGUUUCCAAUAACAGUCAGAAGACUAAAUGAUGUCAACAGUUUUGGCACACAGCUGGAUAAAUACAGGAAAGUUUUAAUGAAAGCGAUGUGACGAAUAGCCAAAAGAGUAUUAGCUAUUAAAAUGCAAAACAUAGCAAGUCUACGCUCCGACAUGGAAAGAUACACUGGGUCAGCAUUUCUUGCGCCCGCAGCUGUUACAAUAUUAGGGCACAAAGUAUGGGCUUAAUUUUGGAAAUUAUCAAAGUAAACAAAAGUUUCUGUACCCGCUGUGUUGCAAAAGCUGUGAUGUGCUUUAAAUACAACCGAUAUUGACGAGCAGUGCGUUAGAAUUACAGUACCAGUGCCACGAUGAAGGUAGUAGCAAUCUGUGCCGUACUACUUGUGGAGCUGCUGUUCCAUGGCAGUGUGUUGGCGAACAGUAGUUCCGAAGCGGAAAGUAACACUGACAAUGGAAACGAGCAAUCGUCCCCUAGUGUACGGGAGAGUGUCGACACCAACACCAACUCAUCCCAUUCUGGGCGCAUUAUCAAUGGGAAGCAGGGAAAUAUCGCAACAUUUCCGUACAUAGUGCGUAUGCGAGUGAAAAACGAAGGUUACUGUGGAGCUACCAUCAUUACGUACUGGCACGUCUUCACUGCUGCUCACUGUGUGUACCACAUUGAGGAUCCGGUCACGAUCACAAUGUACGGUGGCAGUGCGUCGCAAACCAGUGGAGGUGUUGUGUUUUUCCCCUCCAAAAUCGUUAUCCAUCCACAGUACAAUUCUUCGACACUUGACUACGAUGCAGCAAUUAUUCGAGUGAACAAUACCUUCCAAGGGUACAAGAAUAUAGCUCCCAUUGCGCUCCAAGUGUCAGACGUUCCUGUUAAAACUAAGUGCUACGUGAUUGGCUGGGGCUGGACACAGUAUGCUACGAAAGCCACACCGGACAUUAUGCAGUACGCGAUGCUCCAGGUAGUGCCAGUGAAGAAGUGUGCGUCAGCCUAUAUCUACGUGCCGAAAGAUUUUAUCUGUGCUUUCCAAGGAAAUGGAGUGGACAUAUGCCAUGGAGACAGUGGAGGACCGUUCGUUUGUGAGGGCAAGCUGGCAGGUGCUACCUCUUUCGUUGGUCCGGGCUGCCAGGGUCAAAUACCGUCCGGGUUUACUAAAAUAAGCGCACCAUCCAUUCGGCAGUUCAUUCGAAAACAUGCGGGAAUUUAACAUUCAACGGCAACAUGAAAAGCUUAGAGGCGAUGGGAUUGUCGAAUAAGAGAGGGUUUCAACACGAUUGCAGAUUGGAGCAUACAUCAUUCAUUAACCAUGGCAACACCAUACACAAAUAAGAGUGGUAUAGAUUUCAGAGGUUUUCCAAAUUAGAAAGACUAAAAUGUAGUGAAAAUGAAGGGACUGUGAAAAAAGUUCAAAUAAGAGGGGUUUUGCAAAUUAGAGGGGUCUCAAAUAAGAGAGGAUUCACUGUAAUUUGAACAAUGGUGAAUGCUUCCUUUACAAAAGGACUCAAAAAGAGCUGGGAAAUAUACAGACACUUAACAUAACAAUCCGGGUUCACAUGAACUUCAUAGUAUACAAUCAGCCAUACUGGUGAACUCGUUCGACGAGGAACAUUCGUCGCUCAUGAGUGGACAGGGUUGUACCACUAGGUUGACCAGUACAAAAUCUAUACGUUUUUCUAAUUUUUGAUCUAGAGGGCUAUGAAAUGAGUGAAAAUGAGCGUCGCGGCGAUAGUUCCCAGGAACGAACGAGUUCGCCGGUACGGCUGAAUGACUACAAAAAUUAUAUGUUCGGAUUACUUUCGGAAUGAAAAACCAUGGGGUUUUAAAGGAUUUUUGGAGGUUUUCAGAAUUUUGGGGCAAUUUAGGCUCUUUCUUACGCGAAGUAAACAUUAUGUGAUGGGAAUUACGGCACCGAUUUUGGGAGGUAUCAUAUAAGACCUGCCAGGGGCCAACAUGGACAGGGCCUCCAUAUCGACGAAACCUCUAGCGCCCGCGCAGUUCACCCACCAUUAAACCUGCCACUUUUUUAUGACCGAUUCGACGAUUUCUUUUCCUCCCCUACUGGAACUGAUUGCCUUUUGGAAAAACAGGAGCAAUAGCCUUUCUUGUCAGGUUGUACUGUUUGCCCUGGUGAUCCAAGAAUUGGUCAUCCCGAAAAAAAUGCAACGGUCCGCAUUGCUUACUAGGAUUGCGUUGUAGUCUAAUGGACCGAUCUUUUUAGCAUGGCUCUAUUUUUAGCAUGGCAAUCAUUGAAACACCACUCUUAAGAUUGACGAACCGCUGAUAAUCUUCCCAUGGCAACGGAAAAUCGAGCAGAGUUCAGUGAAUUGUUUGGUGCAAUUUUUGCCAUCCGCUGUAGGCUGGGGAAUCUUUGCUUGUAAUAUUUUGACUGGUUCAAAUAAAACUGUGUAUUUUAGUGUUUGAACAUAUUUUUGGGAUCCCUUCGCAUGGGAGAAUAUACGUUGAAAAAUUUUUAGUAAUUUCCAUGCUGUAAAAACAAGUGUUAAUGUGUACGCGUUCAUAAAUUUGCCAUUUUAGAGUCCACAAAAGAUUCGUGUAUUGUUAGAAAAUGUGGAAUGUUAGAUCCAAAACCUGAUUGGAGAGUCACGGAAGCCUAUACUGUUUCACCUUCGAUAUGGGAAAGGAGAGAAAUGGCUCCUGAGUGUCCAUGCAGGUAUGAAGCUUAAGACCCCUCACAUGAAUUGAUCGAUAUUCUU